AUGGCAUAUGAUAUACAUGACCUAAGGUUAUCAGUGGAUAUACUAAAGACAGACGGGGUCCGAUGUGCCUUCUUCACCCCUCCUGACGUCACUGGCAUCAUGAAACACUGGACAGACGUAGCUAGAAAACCGUUAGAUGUCCUUCUAAUAGCUGGCUACCCCCUGACCAAAAAACUCUGUGAUAUGUUUUUUGAAGCCGCCGACCUUCUUGUGUUCAGGUACGGAAGUUCGGAGGCCGUGUCCGUCAGUUACCGGGUCCUGACACAACUGUCAGACUACGAGGACUUUAACUGUGGUGUCUUGUGUAAAGGUACCCAGGUGAAGGUUGUGGACGAUGACAUGAAGGAAUUGGCCCCAGGUACUCCAGGUCGCCUGUUGUUUAAACUACCUGGCCAAUUCUCUGGUUACAUGGCCCAGCCUCACGCCAACACCUCUGUGAUAACAGCAGACGGUUGGUUCGUGUGUGGUGACGCCGGUUAUUUAGAUGAGAAGGGUCAACUGAUGGUGCUUCAAAGGUACGACCAUGUUAUUCAGCACAAAGGCUCCACCGUCUACCCCGCCUACAUAGAGAAAUACAUCAGGGACGAUCCUCGUGUACACAGCGUUGUCAUUGUACCAGUCACCAGCGAGAAAACCGAGCAGAUUAUCUGCGCAUGCGUGGUCCUGGUUCCCGGAAGUUCCAUGACGGAAGAGGACGUGAAGAGGCUUGUCUCUGAGAGAGGAAAAGACGGUGCCGUGACACCAGAUCGUGUUUUGUUUUUUGAUUCUAUCGAUGUGAACCAGAGGGGGAAACUCAAGGUCAGCUCUCUUGUGGAGGAAGUCAAGAAAAGGCUGACAAAACAAUAA